UUUGUUUUGACGCACUUAUUUCUGCGCAUCCUCAGUCCAACCUACCAAACAUCUAACGCGACGUCCUCACGAGACACGGAAGAGUUUGAACCGCAGCUUUAACUUUAUUUAAACCUUAAAUGUAAUCUGAUGUGUUCAGGUUUAAACUCAGGUUCAGUUAUUGAGUGAAAACACCAACAGACUCAGACAUUUAGAACAAACUAAGAGUCAGAUCAGCAGAAACAGAGAACACGGACAUGUCUGCUGUAACUGCGUCGCUCUGCUCCACGCUGAUGUUUGUCCUGUUCGUCUCUGCAGAGCAGAAAAACAUCACAGCUGAGUCUGGACAGGACGUCACUCUGACAUGUCGAGCUCUGAACAACAACAUCAUAGUUUUAGAGUGGAGCAGAGCUGACCUGGGAGAUGAACAAUAUGUGCUUUUGUACCGGGAUGGUCAGUUUGUUCCAGCCAACCAGCAUCCAUCUUUUAAGAACCGGGUGGAUCUGCAGGACAGACAGAUGAAGGAUGGAGACGUGUCUUUGAUUCUGAACAACGUGACGAUUAAUGAUGCUGGAACAUAUGAGUGUGGUGUUGUGCAGCGAGUGAGAGGACCUGUGACUCUAAUCAACACCACCUACCUUCAUGUUGAUCCUCCAGGUCAGAGAGGAGGAGAUACAGAGGAUGGAUCUGUUGGACUGAUAGUUGGUCUGUCAGUUCCUGCUGUGCUUCUUCUUCUUGUUGCUGUUUUUGGUUUCUUUAUCUACAGAAAAAGGAAACUGAAUCCUGCUGAUCCACAUGUAGCAGAGCAUCUUCAGCAUGAAUAGAUGAAAAACAUUCCAGCUGAGUCUGGACAGGACGUCACUCUGACAUGUCGAGCUGUAAAAAAAUGAGUUAGAGAAAAUGAGCCAACAGCUUCAUCAGCCUGAGUGUUGAUCCAACACAGACUCACUUAGUGGACUUUUGCAUAAUUAUAUAACUGCUUUUUUAAUCACGCUUGUUUUUGCUGUUUUUUGGUGAUUGUAGAAAUGGUUUAUGUGGACAUUUAGCUUAGAGUCUAACGUUUCUGUGGAGACCACACAUGUCGAUAUUUGCAUGAACAAAGUCGUGGUUGGUUACAUACCUCCUGAGUCCCGUCACUGGAACUGUAAAUCUGAGUUUCUAUGAAGUGCUGCAGAUUUAUUUUUUAACUGAAUGAUGCACUCAGAAUUUAUUUGUUUGUUCAUUUAUAACACAAAUGUUACAAAUGUUGAUUGUUUUCCUUCAUUCAGGUAUUUUGAACAUUAUUAUUUGUGUUUAAAAAGUGUAGCUGCUUGUGUUGUAUGUUUGGUCUUGUAUGUGUGUUUGUGUUUCCUGCUGCUCACACACAGCAUUAGAAAAGCCUGAAAACUCAGUGAUCACAGAGUCUGUGAGCUCCAAAUGUUUGCAUGUAGCACAGAGAACAAAGGUCAGUGUGUGAGUGUCUCUGUGUUUGAAAUAAUAAACUACUGGAUUAGUCUGA